AUGCAAUUAUCACACCAAUAAUUAUCUAUUUCAGGAUGGAUUCAUGAAUAUGAUCAAUAAAGUUCACCUCAUAUUCAUCAAGUAGUUAAUUGUAAUUCCAUUUUGUUUAUAAUAAAAUUAUAGAGAUUGUUAAUAGGAAACAAUAAUUAUAGAAAAGAAGUGUGAGUCUAUGUUAAAGAAGAUAAGAAUAAGAACCAAAUAAAUCAAGUAUUUCAAUUUUUAAUUAUUUGAUUUAAUUGAUUAGAGCAGGAAUAAAAGUCAAAUUCUAAAACCACCAAGAGUUCCUACAAAUUAAAACAAGAUUUAAGAAUUAAAAAAAGUAAUGGAAUUUCUGUAACACAAUGAACAAUAUAAAUAUGAUACCCAUAGAAUAUUUAAUUUGAAUGAUCCAAAAUUUUAACCAGAAAUCUAAUAAAUUAUUGAAUAGAAAAAGGAAUAGUUUAAAAUUAGAUUAAAGUAUUUGUUAUUUUCUAAGAUAGUUAAUAAUAAAACAAAAGAAUACUUUAACCACUCUAAGAAAUUAAUUCUACUAAUCCUAUAACUGAUAGAUAAUAAUAAAGUAAAACAAAUAAUCAGUUUAAAAGAACUCGUUUGAAAACUGAUUAAAAUUUAGAAAUUCAAAAAUCUAAUUCAAUACAUAGAAUUUAGAGUAUUAAAGAUAUUAUGCCUAAAAUCUUAAAACCUAAUGAAACUCCAGGAAUACUAAAUAAAUAGGUUAUAUAAAAAGGAUUAGAAUUUUUAUAGUUAAUGAUUGAUAGACAUAAAGAAAAUGUCUAGCAUUGUUAAUAAUCAAAAAGAUAAAAAUCUAUAAAAUGA